UCCCUUUGUAAGAUGGCGGACACCGAUGAGGGCUAUGGGAUGCCCGAUACCCCAGUAGAACCAGACCCUAAGGAACUGCAGUGCGAUCCUAAGCAGGACAGCCAGCUGGGGGCAAGCAGCAAGACCCCCAACUCACCACAAGCGGCCUUUACUCAGCAGGGUAUGGAAGGCAUUAAGGUGUUCUUGCACGAAAGAGAGUUAUGGACGAAAUUUCAUGAAGUUGGCACGGAGAUGAUAAUCACUAAGGCAGGACGGCGAAUGUUUCCCAGUUACAAAGUGAAAGUUACCGGCCUCAAUCCGAAAACCAAAUACAUCCUUCUCAUGGACAUUGUGCCAGCUGAUGACCACAGAUACAAGUUUGCUGAUAACAAAUGGUCAGUUACUGGGAAGGCGGAGCCUGCAAUGCCCGGGCGUUUGUAUGUUCACCCAGACUCACCUGCUACCGGCGCACACUGGAUGAGGCAGCUUGUGUCAUUCCAGAAGCUGAAGCUCACCAACAACCAUCUAGAUCCGUUUGGACACAUCAUACUGAAUUCCAUGCACAAAUAUCAGCCGCGCCUUCAUAUAGUUAAAGCAGAUGAAAAUAAUGGAUUUGGGUCCAAGAAUACUGCUUUCUGCACCCAUGUCUUCUCAGAGACUGCCUUUAUAGCAGUCACCUCCUACCAGAACCACAAGAUAACACAGCUAAAGAUUGAAAACAACCCAUUUGCCAAAGGAUUUCGAGGGAGUGAUGAUAUGGAGCUGCACCGCAUGUCCAGGAUGCAAAGUAAAGAGUAUCCAGUGGUCCCGAGAAGCACUGUGCGACAGAAGGUUACAUCAAACCAUAGCCCGUUUCCCUCCGAGUCCCGCAACAUUACUAGUUCCUCUAACCUCAGUUCCCAGUACCAGUGUGAGAAUGGCGUAAGCAGCACCUCCCAGGACCUAUUGCCUUCUUCCAACUCAUACCCUUCUCUGCCUCAUGAACCCGGCCCCAUAUACCACUGCACAAAAAGGAAAGCAAGUGAAGAAUCGGCUGAGCAUACCUAUAAGAAGCCCUACAUGGACACGUCUCCAAGUGAGGAGGACCCAUACCCAUACCGGCCUGGGUACCCACAGCCAUCAUCUUCAUCGUCUUCAACUUCCUUUCGCACAGAAUCUGCCCAACGCCAGGCCUGCAUGUAUGCUAACUCAGCGCCUGCCACAGAACCUGUUGCAGGCAUCGAAGACAUUUCCUGUAAUAGUUGGUCAAGUGUACCCUCUUAUAGCAGCUGUACAGUGGGAGGGGGAAUGCAGCCUAUGGAGCGACUGCCCUACCAGCACUUCUCAGCUCAUUUCACCUCCAGCUCACUGAUGCCCAGACUGGGUAACCAUGCAGGCACACAGGCUGCAGAUACCCACUCUAUGUUCCAGCAUCAGCCUUCUCACCAAGCGAUUGUGAGACAGUGUACUCCUCAGUCUGGGUUACAACAGGCUUCAUCACUCCAGUCCCCUGACUUCCUGUAUUCACAUGGUGUUCCUCGGACCCUAUCCCCACACCAGUACCACUCUGUUCAUGGGGUGGGCAUGGUGCCAGAUUGGAGUGAGAACAGCUAACAGAACAGACACAUUCAGCUAAACUUGUUAUGGAGUGAAAGGUCUAACAAAAUGUCUCUAGGACCUUAUAAAGUGGACAUAUGCUAAAAAAGACACUAUGAUUUGUAUGCUGAACCGUUAUUUCAGAAACACCUCAAAAUAAACAUUCACCGUCAUCUUUCACUUUCUUCCUUUUCCUUCUGACACCUGGAUCACAGAUAGGACAGAGAUGAAUGUUGGAUAGAAAAUGCAUCCAGAAAGAUGCUAAGGUGACAACGCCUGCUGCAAAGAGCCCAGUGAAUGGCUCUGCACUUCACACAGCAGGCUGGACCAUGAUGGUGCCUACAUGUGGAAACAAGAAAGUGAAAAGGUCAUGCACUUCGUCAAUUCACCUGCAUGCCUCUGCCAGAACUGUUUGGUGUUUGCAGUGUGUUACACUGUGUGAUGUAGGAGGCUGAAAUCAAGGAUUUUGAAGAUCUCAGUCAAAGCAUGGACACAGCGAGGUUGUGUUGGAGAAGGGCAGUGAUUCUACUCAUGUAACCAUGCUUCCCAGGUUUUUCUUUUGAUUUUUGGGUUACCGUAUUAAAAAUAUUAUUCACCAAGAUUACAUACAAUUGUAGACACACGUAGAUGUAUGUAAAUAAAACAGGUCAGUAGGAUGUGAUAUCAAGAGACACGAAAAUGUAUUUCAUUAUGACUUUGAGCUAAAUAACUACUCCAAGAGAAAUACUUGGACUAUCUGCAUCAGUAUUGUUCCAAUGGCACUAAAAAUUCCUACAGACCAAUGCAUCCCCUAAGUUGAACUCUAUUAAAUUAAAAUGGUUUAUCACAUGGUAUUUAUAAACAAUGCAUUCUGUAAGGUUGCAAUGAUCGGGGUGAGCUACUCUCCCUCUGUAUACAGUCUUGGUGCCAUUGUAACCUGCUAAUGCACCUGAGCAUUGGGUCCCUGUCCUCUCCACAUACACAC